AUGGUCCUCUCAAUCCUCAUCGCCACAAUCGUAGCCCCCGGUCUCCUCGGCUCCCAAGAAGCGAUCCGGCAAUCGCAAUCCAAAGAGAAGCGCGAAGAACACCGUGCCCGCCGCUGCAACCUCAUCGCCACGUGCGUCAAGUCUUCACAUCGCAGCCGCGAAAUCGACGGCCGACAAGUCGUACUAAGAAACGGGAAGCUCUGGAUCGAUACCGGGACGGAAGAUGGAAGUCCACUGGGUCAUCCUUAUGCAGGGUAUUAUUUACCGUAUCCGGAUACGAGUUACGAAGGGCUUGUGACGACGAUUACGGAUGUGGCGCCGAUUAUGAACUGGGUCUAUGUUGAUAAAGAGACGGGAGAAGCAAAAUACGGAGUGCGAGCUGAUGCACAACCGCAUCUCACAGGCCCAUUCGAUUGCACGCGUCAGGAUCGACGGCUCACAUUCGAUGGCUGGGAGGGGUGGUGUGCGGUUGAACAAGCACCCGGGCUAUGGGGCUUGUAUUUUGAUCUCGAUGACGACGGCCUCAAAUCUAGAGUUGCACCUGGCACGAGGGUACUGGAGAUCGAACUCAGCCGUAAGGAAAAGAGGUGGAGGAAAGAGGCGGACGAGAGGAUGGCGGAUCAGACUACUAAGAGGGCUGUUGAGAGGGAGGAGGAUGCGCCGGUUGAGAAGCCGUUGGGUGGGGAGAAGGUGGAGGCCAGACCGGGGGUCGGUCCUGCAGUGGGAGAGGGAAAGGAAGAGGGUUGGAGGCCGAUGAAGAUACCGAAGUCUAUUUUUGAGGAUCCGCCGCCCGUGGUGGAGAGUUUGGUUUUUAGGUCGAGGACACCGCCGCCGGCGUAUUCGCCCGCCGGAGGGGUUGAUGAAGAAACCUUGGCUCCGACGAGAGGACAAGAUGAAGCAUCUUUUGAGAUAGCUGGUGAGGGUCAGAAUGACAGCCCACCAGUCAUGGGGACUUCCCUGCCUCCUACCGUAAUGGAUUCGGUGCCAGCCGGAGCCCAGUCAAUACUCGUUGAAGGGACUGAAAGCCCUUCGCGUGAGGCGAACGUCCCACAGAUUCAACCACCGCCCACACUUAUCGAUGAGCUCGGAAGCACCCCAGAGAUACCAGACUCCACAUCAUCACCUGAAGAGCAAUCUACAUCUCCCGGAGAGAAGCGGACUACACCCAAGCUAAAUAGAAGCAGCGGCUCUCGAGCUCUAGCCCAAGCUCAGAAGUUUGAAGCCAUGGCAGCAGCGCAGAAGCCUAGUCCUGAGUCUCGCCGACGAUCGAGUGAACGCGGAUCUCGUGCUAAUAGCAACACCUCUUCUGUAUACUCCAACGAAGAUGCAUCACUGAGCGUGCCGGGAUCCCCGCCCAAGCCCGAGUCCCUCAUCACGACGAUCCACUUCACAGCAGUCAACGCAAAGGCCCACUCCCGAUCGCCGGCAAAGAGAUCGUUCCAUAUCUGA